AUGACCACCUGCAGCCGCCAGUUCACCUCCAGCUCCAUGAAGGGCACCUGUGGCAUCGGAGGUGGCUCCAGCCGCAUGUCCUCCGUCCUGGCCGGAGGAUCCUGCCGGGCUCCCAGCGCCUACGGGGGCCUGUCUGUCUCCUCCUCCCGCUUCUCCUCCGGGGGAGCCUAUGGGAUCGGGGGCGGCUAUGGCGGCGGCUUCAGCAGCAGCAGCAGCUUUGGUGGCGCCCUGGGUAGUGCCUUCGGUGCUGGCCUUGGUGCUGGCUUCGGGGCUGGUUUUGGUGGCGGCAUGGGUGGUGGCUUUGGUGUCGGUGACGGGCUCCUGGUGGGCAGUGAGAAGGUGACCAUGCAGAACCUCAACGACCGCCUGGCCUCCUACCUGGACAAGGUGCGCGCCCUGGAGGAGGCCAACACCGACCUGGAGGUGAAGAUCCGGGACUGGUACCAGAGGCAGCGGCCCGCUGAGACCAAAGACUACAGCCCUUACUUCAAGACCAUCGAGGAGCUGCGGAGCAAGAUCCUCAUGGCCACCGUGGACAACGCCAACGUCCUCCUGCAGAUCGACAAUGCCCGCCUGGCCGCCGAUGACUUCCGCACUAAGUAUGAGACAGAGCUGAACCUGCGCAUGAGCGUGGAGGCCGACAUCAACGGGCUGCGCAGGGUGCUGGACGAGCUGACCCUGGCCAGAGCCGACCUGGAGAUGCAGAUCGAGAGCCUGAAAGAGGAACUGGCCUACCUGAGGAAGAACCAUGAGGAGGAGAUGAAUUCACUGAGAGGCCAGGUGGGCGGAGAUGUCAACGUGGAGAUGGACGCCGCCCCUGGUGUGGACCUGAGCCGCAUCCUGAACGAGAUGCGUGACCAGUACGAGAAGAUGGCGGAGAAGAACCGCAAGGAUGCCGAGGACUGGUUCUUCACCAAGACGGAGGAGCUGAACCGCGAGGUGGCCACCAACAGCGAGCUGCUGCAGAGCGGCAAGAGCGAGAUCUCGGAGCUGCGGCGCUCCGUGCAGAACCUGGAGAUCGAGCUGCAGUCCCAGCUCAGCAUGAAAGCAUCCCUGGAGAACAGCCUGGAGGAGACCAAAGGCCGCUACUGCAUGCAGCUGUCCCAGAUCCAGGAGAUGAUAGGCGGCGUGGAGGAGCAGCUGGCGCAGCUGCGCUGUGAUAUGGAGCAGCAGAACCAGGAGUACAAGAUCCUGCUGGACGUGAAGACGCGGCUGGAGCAGGAGAUCGCCACCUACCGCCGCCUGCUGGAGGGCGAGGAUGCCCACCUCUCCUCCUCCCAGUUCUCCUCGGCCUCUCAGUCAUCCAGAGAGGUGACCUCCUCCAGCCGCCAGAUCCGCACCAAGGUCAUGGAUGUGCACGAUGGCAAGGUGGUGUCCUCCCACGAGCAGGUCCUUCGCACCAAGAACUAAGACUGCCCUGCACCGCUCAGGCCUAGGAACCCCUCUGCGGACACAGAUCUCACUGGGAGGGGUCUCCCUUCCCCUCCCCCUAGGUCCUGCACACACAGGCCCUGCUUCACC